ACUCGUUAUCGCAAAAAAUGCGAAAAGCGAAUCAAAACAACCGAUGAUCGAUUGAUCAUAUUUAAUUUUAGUUUUUUUUUUUAGAGUAAACAUCUACUCUACUCUAGAUUUGUUUUAGAUUUUAAUCUAGAUCUAUAAAUCUAUAUAGAUCUAGAUCUGGCGUCAUGAUAUGUUCUCUAGAUCCUACCACCUAACCUAUGCCUUAGAAGAAAUUACCAAGCUUGAUUAAGUAAAUUAAGUUCACUAAGACUGUCAGUGAUCAGUGUGUCACUAAGAGUAAGAGUCGACUAACUUGACUAAGACUAAGUUCACUAAGACUGAGUAAACUGAGUAAGACUAUUUAUAAUCUUUUCCUGGCUUUGCCAAACUAGAAUCUACUUAACUGGUGAUCUACUUGAAUGUACUGUCAAAGAGACAAGUGAUUACUGAAAAUUAAACUGCAAGUUUAUUUUCAAAUGACCAUCAUUUUAUGGCAAUGGUUUACUGAUUGAGACUCUCUCAAUUCAACAUAAAAGUCCAAAUAGUACAAAAAAAAAAAUGGAUGAGGUUAUAAAAAUGAACAUUCAAGACAUCAAUCCACAUGUCGUGUGUUCUUUAUGCAAUGGAUACUUUAUAGAUGCCACAACUAUAACUGAAUGUUUACACACAUUUUGCAAAAGCUGCAUUGUCAAAUACUUGAUGAAUUGCAAACAUUGUCCACAAUGCCAGCUGAAAGUUCAUGAGACACAUCCCUUGUUUCUACUACGUCCAGACAGAACUUUACAAGAUAUUGUCUACAAGUUGAUACCAAACCUUUUUGAAAAUGAGGAACUUCGCAGAGAAGAAUUUAACAAAUCUAGAGGGAUGGCUGUUGACAAGAAGCCAGGAAAUAAAACAGAGGAGCCAGUAAUUCCAAAGUUGUCAAGCAUUAUCAAUAACCAUGAUGGACACUUGUAUAAAAAUGAUGAACAGAUUUGUCUAUGUUUAGAAAGAUAUAGCAGAUCUCAAGGAAUUUCUCACUGUGGAAAAAUUCUUCCUCUUCGUUCUUUGGACAGAAAAUUUUUAAGAUGCUCAAUUCGAGUCCUAGUUUCUCACCUGAAGGCUAUGCUUUAUAAAAAAUUAGCUAUCCCUUCUGAUGUACAGGUUGAAGUAAUAUGUGAUCGUGAAGUUUUGGCUGAUGAAGUUUCAAUGAAGCAAAUUUUUCUUAUGAAUUGGUUUGGUAAGGAAACUCCAAUGGUGCUAUACUACAGAUUUCGUGAAACAUCAGAACUGGGCAAUACAUAAACUAAUCAUAUCUGAGUGUAAAUAUAGUCUGCAUAUCUGAGUGUAAAUAAAGUCUGCUUUGGACUCCUGUCAUUUAUUUCGUUUCAACAACAUAUAUUUAAACAACCUGAGCAAGUUGUUACCGCUGAGCAAUUACCAAAUACGUCCAAAAAAAUUUUAUUGGAAAGUGUUUAAGUAGUAUCUAAAAUUUUGUAAUUGAGUUGAUUCUGAUUGGCUAAUUUGACAAAAUGUAUUCUUUUUUUUUUACAUCUGCAACAAUUCCUUUUCUUUGCAAAUGAAUCCUGGAUAUUUACCUGGAUUAAAGAAAUAGAAAAAUAAAUUACUUAUAGUUAAGUUUGAAGCAUUAUUCCUUUCAUGAAACUGUGUUUUAAUACUGACAAAUACUAAAUGUAUAUAUUUAUUUACUGUAUUUAGAAAAGAAAAAAAAAUAAACAUGUCAGCUUCUCAAAUUGUUGGUAUCUAAAAGUUAAAAAAAAAGUGUGAAUGUUGCUAUUGAAGAUUUUAAAUAGCUUAAUUACUCAACUCUCUUUUUCUGUUUUUUUUGUUUUGUACUCUCUGAAAUGCUUCAUACACACAAAUGGUGAGACUUUAAAACUGAUAACUCUGGCACUAAACACAAAAUUUAAAAUUCACUACUGACAGUUUUUAAAUAUUUUUUCUUGUUUAACCUUUACAUUCUUCUGGUUCUAGUUGCCCUGGAUCUCACUGUGGGGAUGUUGGAGCACUCCCCUAGACCCCCUAGCUGGCUGGAGGGGAAACCUCCUGCUUCUCCUUUACUAUCUCCAGAAAGAUAUUUUUUUUCUAGUAUGCAAAACACUCAAAAAUGAUCAGCGUGGGUAGCCCCUUUUCAGAACAUACAUUACAGAAUUUUGGAUUCAGAACAUUGUAAAUUUAUAUUCUAUAAAAAAUAUAAUUAUAUAUUUCUAAGUUUUGUUUCUUUUUCAUUACAUUAUUGAAACCCUUCUAGACCCCUUUAGACAAACUUAAAACUAGUAUGGAAACCUAAUAUUAAUCACUUGUUUCUGGUACAAUUUGACACCAUAAAUAUGUUUAUAACAAUCUUUCUGCACAGUAAGCCUGAGAGUUUGAAAAAUGUCAAUGCAUAUUUUUCAGUUUAAUAAUUUGUACAUGUGGCUAAAACUUGAUUGUCAAUCAUUGAAAAAUAUAAUGAUAAAGUAAGUUACAUUAAAUGUUUGUAAUACUGAUCUAAAUCAUUUUGUAAUAUAUUGUAUAUAGUUUACUUGCAAAGUAGUUUUAAAAUGUCUUGUAUCAUAUGUGAUAUGUUAAAAAUCCAGGGUAAUUUGUAUCAGAAAUGAUACUUGAAGGUCAGUAAUAUAUCCAUUAAUUGUUUUUGUUGUUGUUUUUAGUUUAAUUUUUUGUUUCUGUAAAUUAGCAAUGGUAGUGAUUAUUGGAAGUGUCUCUGAACUUCUUAGACCCAAGGUCAUUAAGUAGCAAUUAAAACCUAACCACUGAGUCACCCAAUACGAAAUGAUAAAUAUUUUAUGACUCAGAGACUAUUUGCUCUAUUCUUAACUAAUUUUUUUCUUAAAAUAUGUAACAUUGCUUCUUAAAUAACUGGCCACCCAAUACCAAAUGAUAAAUAUUUUAUGACUCAGAGACUAUUUGCUCUAUUCUUAACUAAUUUUUUUCUUAAAAUAUGUAACAUUGCUUCUUAAAUAACUGCAAAUUUAAAUUAGCAAUUUUGUCAUGGAGGAUUGGCUUUUAAAGAUUUGACCUGAAGAAAAUUGUCAAUAUUAGAUCAAACUUUUUUUCUAGCUUUGCUUGAAACAUUUAUCUCAACACAUCUACAUUUAUUUUAAGGGACUUUCUUUGAAUAGACUUUAAAACUUGUAUGAUUCAGGGACUAUUAAUGUUGGUUUUCAGUGAAGUCUUUGUGUUCAUUGAUUUCUGCCUCAUUGUAACCUUUUUGGUGUGUUCAUACCUAGUGACUUGGGCUCAUUGUGUCUGUAGCUUUUCUUAAAUAUUGUUUUGAGUUUUCUUGGGGCAUAUGAAGCUACUUAUUCCCGAAUAGAAUAACAUUCUUCUGUAAUUCAAUCUAUUGUUUAAUAAUGUAAUGAAUGAAAGUAGACAUCCUUGUUUAACUUCAGUUGUUACCUGACACACUUCUGACAGUGUAUGUGGCUUUUUUUUUUUUAGUAGCUACUUUUCAGCAUAUUAUUGUCCCUUUCUGAAUAUAGUUAAAAAUAUAAGCUUCUUUAAUUCUAUUUGGUAAGUAGCUUUAAUGUUCCAUCCUUAUUUCUUGGCUAUCCAAUUCAUAUUAUGUUCUUAGUAUUCUUUCUAAUUACCAUAUUUGUAAUGUUAUAUUUGAUUUUGUGGGUUUAUGCUUUUCAGACUUUCAUAAUACAAUUUUAAACGCAAUACAUGUAUAUUGCAGGAUUCAUUUUUUUUCUGAACAAUAUCCUAAAGAAAAAGAUUAAUUAUGAAAACUUUUAUAUUUAUGUAGCCUUGGUUGUGUACAAAAUAAAUAUUACAGCAAAUAAUAUUUAAUUUAUUUAUUUGUGCGCAAUUAAAAACUUAUUAUAUUGGUAAUCACUGUGCACAGCUAUUGCAAACUUAACUUACCUCUAAGAUAUUUGACUAUUUUAAAUACUUUUAUAUUGUAAAAUAAAUGACUGAUGAUUUGCAUUAA